CGGUCCUGCAUGUGCCACCGUCAACACGUCACGAAGGAUCUGUGGAGAAAUAACGAACAGCGAAAACGAGCGAGUGGAUCAGUUGCUUUUUAGAUUACAGUUCCUGAGCCACAAUGCCUUCAAUCAGAGCCUUCACGAUCACUUACGACGCGCUGAAUGAGUACGGGACGUUUUCCGAGGGUGACACGAUAACUGGAAGUGUAACACUGGCCUUAUUGAAGGAAACCAAAGUUGAAAGCUUGUUUGUCAAGGCCAAAGGAGACGCAGACGUACGCUGGACGCAUAAAAGCGGCGAUCGCACCCAUACGUACUCUGCGCACAGGAGAUACUUCAAACUAAAGCAGUUUCUAAUCCCAGAGGGCUCCAAGGACACUGUUCUACCACAAGGCAACCAUGUCUAUAGAUUCAGCCUUAACAUACCUCCAGGAAGCAUGCCGUCAUCCUUCAAGGGCCAUCAUGGAAAGAUCGUCUACAUGCUGGUAGCAAAGCUGUCCAGGAGCUGGAAGAUUGACAGUGUAGCAGAAAAGGAGCUCAACUUUGUGUCCAAGUGUGUUCCAAAUCUUCAUGCUCUGAGGAUGCAACAAGUUGGUUCAACAAAGAAAGAGACAGGGAUUUUCUCCAGAGGACAGGUACACAUGGAUGCCACUGUUGACAAGACAGCUUAUGCUGCAGGUGAGACAAUGGUGAUCACUGCAAAAAUCAACAACUCUACAUCCAGUGACAUGAUACCCAAAAUUAGUUUAGUCCGGGACGUUGUGUACCGGGCCAGUAGCAGCAACAAAUUUGAGAGCCAAACUGUCCACAAAGUAGUCGAAAACUGUGUUAAAUCUCAGACACAGAGGGAGAUCCGAUGUGGAAUAAAGAUUCCUUGUGAUUACCUGCUGACAAUCCAGAAUUGUGAGAUUAUCACAGUGGAUUACCAUUUAAAGGUAUAUCUGGACAUCAGCUUUGCUUUCGAUCCAAAGAUCAAGUUCCCGGUGGUUAUCUUACCUCCCGACAUAGUUUCUGGAUUUCAGAGUGGUGUAGCCAUGGGCCCCUCUCCAGGUGGCGCUGUUGGGGGCCCAAGCCACAGCGACUUUCCUCCCCCUCAGGUGUCUAUGGGUCCCUACCCUGCAUCUCCACAUUCAGGCGGUUAUAGAUACCCAGCUGUCCAAAGUUAUUCAGCACCACCACCUGCGUACCCAGCUAACCCACCGAUGUAUACUGGUCCACCAUGUGUCUACCCAAGUCAGCCAACACACAUGUCAGAGGGCUACAAUAACCCAGUGCCACAGCAGCCUUCUCCAUAUGGGUCUCCAUUUUCAUCCUCAUCGUCAUCUUCGGUGCUUCACCCUCCACCCGCUGUCCCAAGAUUUCACUCCCCUCCAUCUGCCCCAGAGAUCCAGCCAUUUCCUCCUGCUAUAUCCCCCUCAGCUCCAACAUACAACCUGCUGCCUUCUGCACCAAUGAUGCAUACAGAUUUCCUGUCUCAAUCAGAUGAAGGUCCUCCAGCAUAUGCCUUACUUUUUCCAUCUUCCACAACUGAAACAUCUGAUGGAAAAUAAUUAACUAAAUGGCUGAUGACACAUCAGUUAGUUACUAGAGAACUACACCACUAAUAGCUAAAAAUGUUCGCCAAAUCAUCAUCUAUAUUGUGUCUUUAACAAGUGUAGGCUUUUACACUGUAUGCAAUUUUGUUUUCUGGUCAGUUCAGGUCACCAGUUGGCUUUGUCCAGCUACUAAUGUAGUAUUACAACCUCAGUCAUCAGGAUACACUGUGCUUUAUAUGCCUUUUUCAAUGUGUCCUUUUCCUUGGCAUUAGUUUCUAGUUUCUAUGUGUUUACUCAUUCUACCUCAGUCUUCUGUUAUUGGCUGCCUAAAAGAAGUUGGAAACAUUCUAUGAACAUCCAUCCAUCCAUUAUCUAUACACCACUUUACCUUCUGUAGGGUCACAGGGUGGCUGGAGCCUAUCCCAGCUGACUUUAGGCAAUGGCAUUCUGUAAACAUGCAAAAGAAGAAAUCUUUUAUUUUUUUAACUAAAGUGUAUUACUAAGAGGUCAUGUGUAUAUAUAUAUAUAUAUAUAUAUAUAUAUAUAUAUAUUCCCCUAUACUUGUCAGUCUGUCGAGUUUAGUGAAAGACAAUUGUCAGUUUUGUUACAUUUUGCACCUGAAUUAAUAUAUUUUGAAACUGCCAGUGUUUUCUCUUGUAGAUUUUAAUAAAAAGCUUCUUUGUGAA